CCGAUGCGGCGCUCUAGGAGGCUGAAGAUAGCCAUUGCUUGCGAGCGCUGCCGGAUAAGCAAGAAGAAGUGCGACGGCGCCAGGCCAGCAUGCAACCUGUGUGUGAAGAGACGCAGCUCUUGCUCCUACAGGCCCGGGCCCUUCUGGGCCACCACCAGUCAGAGCAUUCAAGUCGUUGGACGGGGACACAGCGGCGUGUCUUCGCCAGGGAGCAAAACAUCACCUCACUCUCUGGACGUCGAAUUGCAAGGGUCAUGCGGGUCAGACCUGACGGAAUCCACAGACCCGCCUUCCGGCGUGGUCCAUGGCGCCUUUGCCGGCGAGGUGAAAGCCGCGAUAGACGCGCGACUGGGUAUUGCUCCAAGCAAAAGGGUCAUUCAUUCGGCGCCCUUGUCCGAUGCUCCGUUGUUCGACCUGCGCCUGGAUAUUGAUCCGCUACCCGGCGGCAUUGACCACAACGUGCUCCCCCAGCGGAGACAUGCGGACCGCCUGGUGGACUUGUUCUGGCAGUACAUCCAGCCACUCGAGCCCAUGCUCGAGCCCGGACUCUUCAGCCGCUUGUACGAGGCCGUGUUCGCCGGCCACCCGUUGCAGGAUCAUACCGACGAGCGCAUCUUCCUGAGCACGCUCAACACUGUCUUCGCCCUCUCCACGCAGCUGCAGGAAAACGUGCCCACAGAGGAGAGAAAUCGAGCGGGCAACGCAUACUUCCGCCGCGCUUGGGCCUUGCUUCGCGUCGAGACUGUCUUGUGGCAGGCCCCCUCGGUCGAGCUGGUGCAGAGCCUGCUCCUCGCGGCCCGCUAUCUUCAGUGCUCCAGCAACCCGCACCAGACCUGGAUGGCCGUCGGCAUUGCCGUGCGAAUGGCACAGAGCAUCGGUCUCGACAAGGCCAGCGCCUCAGUGGACGACCCCUCGGAUCGAGUCCCCCGCAGCUUCAAGGAGCAGCUGUGGCAAUGCUGUGUUUACAUGGACAGGAUGACGUCUUGGGGAGCAGGGCGGACGCCGAUGGUGAUGCUCCCAUCGCCUCUGCCCGUCACGGCGCAACCAUCACGCCACGCCACCCAGGGAGAUGGCGGAGAGGGUGGCUCAGGUGUCGACCAGACAGGCGUUUACCUCGCCAAGAUCAUGGAGCUGUACGAGGUUUCCAACCACAUCUCGCUCUCGCACAUGGCCGUCCGCAGCAACGUCCCGGACAAGCUGGGCCUGCCGCCGCUGUACCGCGUCGACGACCACUUCAGCAACGUCUCCAGAUUCGACGCCUGCCUAGACAGGUGGGCGGACAGCUUGCCGCGGUCGCUCCGCCACGGCCACGUCGAUGCGCGCGUAGACCCCUGGUCGUACAAGCAGGCGCUGCUCCUCCAGCUGCGCCUCAUCCACGGCCGCAUCUCGCUCUUUCGCCCCCUGCUGGCGCGUCACUGCCUCUCACGCCGACCCGUCCACCCUCCCGCCUCCACCACCACCACCACCAACCCGACCUCCCCAGACCGCAGCGGCAGUAACAGCCUGCACGCGCGCAUCGUACGAGACUGCGCCCUGCUGUGCGUGGAAAACGCGCAGAAGCUGAUCGCCCUCGUCGACGACGCGUGCCUCAACACAAACAACAGCAACAACCACGAACCACCCGGCGGCAGCAGCGCGCCGACGAUCCUCACCAUCCCCUGGUGGUACCGCCUCUUCUACCUGCACGUGGCCGCCACCGCGCAGCGGGUGGAACAACAGGAGGGCUGCGCAGCAGCAGCUGCUGUGGUGUCGGAGUCGUGGGCCCGCGCGAGGGCGGCGCUGCGCGCGCACGAGCACCUGUGUCCGGCGUUCGUGGGGCAGUGUCUGGCCAUGUUUGAGAGGGUUUCGUCGGCUGGCGGGCAGUGUGGGGAUGCUGCUGCUGCUGCUCCUGCUGCGGCGGCGGUUGUUCCGUGGCAGGAUGUGUUGUUUCAGGACUUGGCGUUUGACCCGGAUGCGCUGCUCUUUGGGUUGGAGGACAUGUCG